AUGAACUGGUCCAGCUCCGGUGAGGCCUACGUCCUUUCCACGUCGUCCUUUGCUGGGCUGGAAGGCAGCAGCCGAAAGCGCCAUCUUUUGGACUGCGAGGCCAGCUCCCACCACCAUGACACCAACCACACCUUCUUCCCCAACACUCCCAUUCCGGAUUGCCCACCUCCUCUCCUCCCCAUGAACAACCUCCCCUUCUGUUGGCCACCACCCACCGUGCCGAAAAACGCGGUGGAACCGGUCCCCGGAGGCCAAAUCGUACUAAAUCUGUGGGGCCACAGGACCUACUUUCCUCCCGGCGACGGCCUCGAGACAGCCCACCUCUUCGCAUUAAGGUCGGUUGGUGCGCGCUCGCCGAGCCACACGCCACCUCGCUGCCAGGCUGACGGGUGCAGUGCCGACCUCUCCGGUGCAAAGUACUACCACCGCCGCCACAAGGUGUGCGAGUUCCACUUCAAGGCCGCCGUCGUCGUCGCCCAUGGAUUGCACCAGAGGUUCUGCCAGCAAUGCAGCAGGUUUCAUGUGCUAGCUGAGUUUGACGAGGCCAAAAGAAGCUGCAGGAAGAAGCUGGCCGACCACAACCGCAGGAGGAGGAGGAGGAAGAGGAAGUCUCAACUCCCAACAACAAUACCCAAAAGUUCCACAGUCAACUCCAUCGAAGAGCUCAGUCAUCAUGCAGACGUCUAA